CCUAGAGCAUGCAAUUUAUAAACGCGCUCCAGGUGCGGAACUGGUUUCACUCGGGGCAAAAAGUGCUGCUCUUGACCUAACAUGUGUUCGGCUUUCGGUCGGGUGUUUCUGUCAAAUUGAAAUUUCAAAACAAGAAUCAGUUCCUGUUCCUGUUUGAUUUUAUUGAAAAAAAUUUAAAUAAUAAAUAAAUAAAAAAAAAACAUUAAUUAACAUCUCUCUUAUUUAAAUAAUAAUGAAUAUGGUGAUAAGAAGCAAUGAUAAACAGUCUUGUUAUCGUCGAAAAAGGCUUAUUUUCCGAGAUAAUUUUGUCUUGACUUAAAGCACCGCUCAUUCAAAUUUCGAUGGAUUCGCCUAGAAAAUUGCUCAGCAAAAGCUUGGUCUCUGCCAGACAAUUGAUUCGAAAUAAGUCUUUUGUGAGAAUCGUAGAAGUUGGUCCUCGUGAUGGUCUCCAAAACGAACCAACCAAUAUAUCUACAGCAGUUAAAGUUGAACUCAUCAACCGGCUAUCAGAAACUGGUUUGAAGACAAUUGAAGUUACAAGUUUUGUAAGUCCGAAAUGGGUCCCGCAAAUGGCAGACAAUACAAAAGUGUUUCAAGAAAUCAAUAAAAAAAAACUCGUUUCUUAUCCUGUUUUAGUUCCCAAUUUAAAAGGUUUAGAAGCAGCUAUAAAAGUUGGUGCCAAGGAAAUAGCAGUGUUUUUAUCAGCGUCUGAAGGAUUCUCGAAAAAGAACAUCAACUGCACAAUUGACGAAAGUAUAGUGACAGUAAAAUCUGUCAUCACCAAAGCUCAAGAGAGCAAUUUAAAAAUACGGGGCUAUGUUUCCUGCAUUGUGGGUUGUCCUUAUGAUGGAUACAUAAAACCAGCUUCAGUUGCUAAAGUAGCUGAAGCAUUGCUUAGCUAUGGUUGCUAUGAAAUAUCUUUAGGAGACACUAUAGGAGUAGGCACAAGAAUUUCUUUGGAAAAAAUGCUUGAUGAGGUUUUAAUCAUUGCUUCACCUGACAAGUUAGCUAUUCAUUGUCAUGACACAUAUGGGCAAGCUUUAGUGAACGUUUAUACAGCUCUAGAAAAAGGUUUAACAGUAGUAGACUCUUCAGUAGCAGGUCUUGGAGGUUGCCCAUAUGCAAAGGAAGCCACUGGCAAUGUAGCUACAGAAGAUUUGGUUUACAUGUUGCACGGACUAGGCACUGAAACUGGAGUAGAUUUAAAUAAACUUAUAGAAGCUGGCAGGUUCAUAUCAGAUUGUCUAAAGAGACCUCCAGCGUCUAGGGUUAAUAAUGCUUUGUUUUCAAAAAUGAAGUAAAAAUCGAUAAUAAAAAGGUUCAACAUUUGAAUUAUGGACUACUUAUUCCAAUGACAA